AUGGAACGUUUGCGCAAGCUCCUCGCUCGGCCCGCAGAGUAUGAGCCGCUGGCGGCUUCAGCAGAGCACGGCCGUACCGAAGCGGAGAAUGAAGAGCAACGCCCCUUUUCCAUGCUGGAGUAUACCGUUUUCUUCCUCCUGGGCGUGGCUAUGCUAUGGGCAUGGAACAUGUUUUUAGCCGCCGCCCCGUACUUUCACAGUCGAUUUGAAUCGAACGAGUGGACUGCGAAGCACUAUCAACCUUCAAUACUCUCAGUCUCAACUGUCACUAAUCUCGGAACCGUUUACGUUCUUGCACGGGUUCAAAAAGACGCUUCAUACUCGUGGCGCAUCAUACUCUCGUUGCUGGUGAACUGCUUCGUCUUUACUCUCUUGGCUUUUUCAACUGUCAUUUUGGAAAGCAUAUCUGUGCGGGCCUAUUUUGGUUUCUUGAUGGUUAUGGUGUUCGGGGCAAGCUUUGCAACCGGCCUCAUUCAAAAUGGCGUCUUUGCAUUUGUUUCAGGCUUCGGUAGAGAGGAGUAUACACAAGCCAUUAUGGGCGGACAGGGUGUGGCUGGUGUGCUUCCUUGCAUUGUCCAGAUUGUUUCUGUCUUGGCAUUGUCGGAUCACAGUGGUGAUAACGAUGAUGACAGCCAGCGCAGACCGCAAAGCUCGUCCAAGUCGGCCUUCGUAUAUUUUCUUACAGCUACAGGUGUUUCGGUCCUCACGCUACUAGCAUUUCUUUAUUUGCUACGGAAGCAGCCUAUUUUAAAGCCGAAAUACUCAGAGGAGGAUGAAGAUACAGCUCUCAUUAACCCAACUCACGAUAAAGCUGUGAGCUUGUGGACACUAUACAGAAAGCUCCGGUUUUUGGCGCUCUCGGUCUUCGGCUGCUUCCUCAUCACAAUGGUCUUGUUCCCGGUGUACACCUCGGUGAUCCAAUCGGUCAACUAUCCCGGAGGAUCUCGAAUUUAUGAACCCGCUGUUUUUAUCCCUUUGGCAUUCCUCGUAUGGAACGUGGGUGAUCUAUGUGGGAGAAUCGCAGUAGCGAGCCCAAAGGCAUCCCUCGCUCAUCGACCGGGUCUAGCCUAUCUACUCGCCAUUGGUCGCGUUGGGUUCGUUCCUCUAUACUUGCUUUGCAAUAUCCGUGGCGAAGGAGCCGUGGUGCAGAGUGAUUUCUUCUAUCUUUUUAUCGUGCAAUUCUUUUUUGGUGUGACCAACGGAUAUCUGGCAUCAAGUUGUAUGAUGGGUGCCAGCCAUUGGGUUUCUCCUGAUGAACGAGAAGCUGCUGGAGGCUUCAUGAGCAUGAUGCUUGUUGGAGGACUAGCUGCUGGUAGUUUACUCAGCUUCCUCGUAGCUAACUGA